AUGGAUAAUUCAGGCAAGGAAAAAGAGGCCAUGCAGCUUAUGGCCGAGGCAGAUAAAAAAGUAAAGUCAUCGGGCUCGUUUCUAGGAGGGAUGUUUGGGGGGAAUCACAAGGUAGAAGACGCCUGCGAAAUGUACGCUAGAGCUGCUAAUAUGUUCAAGAUGGCUAAAAACUGGACCGGUAGCACAUCAGCUGCAGGGAAUGCGUUUUGCCAGGCUGCAAGGCUUCACAUGCAAAUGCAGAACAAGCUGGACUCUGCCACAUGCUUUGUUGAUGCUGGCAAUGCCUACAAGAAGGCUGACCCACAAGAGGCUAUCAACUGUUUCAAUGCGGCCAUUGAUAUAUAUACAGACAUGGGGAGAUUCACAAUUGCUGCCAAGCACCAUAUGACUAUUGCAGAAGUGUAUGAGUCUGAGUUGGUGGAUAUUGAAAAGGCAAUAGCUCACUAUGAGCAGGCAGCAGACUAUUACAAAGGGGAAGAGUCAAAUAGCUCUGCCAACAAGUGUCUCUUGAAGGUUGGAUUUUACAGUGCUCAGCUGGAGCAGUACCAGAAAGCCAUUGAAAUAUUUGAGCAGGUUGCAACGAGCACAAUGGACAAUCCAUUACUGAAGUAUAAUGCUAAAGAGUACUUCUUCAAGGCAUCACUGUGCCACUUCAUUGUGGAUGAAUUAAAUGCAAAGUUGGCCAUUGAGAAGUAUGAAGGGAUGUUCCCAGCUUUUUCAGACUCAAGAGAAUGCAAGCUUUUGAAGAAACUUCUGGAAGCUCAUGAAGAACAAAACAGUGAUGCUUUCACCGAAGCCGUGAAGGAAUUCGACUCAAUCUCUCGUCUUGACCAAUGGCAGACGACUAUGCUGCUGCGCAUUAAGAAGACCAUCCAGGGAGAUUCUGGUGACCUGAAAUGA